AUGGAGCGCGAGAGUGAGAGGAAGAGUGACGAAGAGAGUGUCAACGGUCAACGCCGUGUGGGUAUACUAUACGAUGACAGGAUGUGUAGGCACCACACGCCCGACCAUGAAGACCAUGUCGAGAAUCCUAAUCGCCUUAGGGCUAUUUGGAACGAACUCCAAAGCGCCGGCAUUCUCCAACGAUGCGUGCUUCUGGGGGCCAAGAAAGCCGAAGACACAUAUCUACAUUUAGUGCAUUCCAGAAGUCAUGUAAACCUGAUUAAGCACAUUAGCUCCAGGAAAUUCAAUGAGCGGAGGAGCCUGAUUGCCGCGGAAUUUAAUUCUAUAUAUUUUAAUGAAGGUUCAUCUGAAGCUGCCUACCUUGCUGCUGGCUCUGCAGUAGAGGUUGUUGAAAAAGUGGCAAGCGGGGAAUUGGAUUCUGCUGCUGCCAUUGUUAGGCCUCCAGGUCAUCAUGCAGAACGUAAUGAAGCUAUGGGAUUUUGUCUAUUCAACAAUGUGGCGGUUGCUGCAAGAUAUCUCUUAGAUGGAAGACCAGAAUCAGGUGUGAAGAAAAUUUUAAUUGUUGAUUGGGAUGUCCAUCAUGGAAAUGGUACUCAAAAAAUGUUCUGGAAUGACUCUCGGGUUUUAUUCUUCUCCGUUCACAGGCAUGACUUUGGGCGUUUUUAUCCUUCUAAUUUUGAUGGAUUUUACACCAAAGUUGGAGAAGGAGCAGGAGUUGGAUAUAAUAUAAAUGUCCCCUGGGAGAAUGGGAAAUGUGGUGAUGCAGAUUACUUUGCAGUGUGGGACCACAUCUUGCUUCCUGUUGCCAAAGAAUUUAAUCCAGACAUAAUUAUAGUUUCUGCUGGAUUUGAUGCAGUUUACUUGUUUUGCAAGAAGGAAGUGGAUUUGGCUGUUGGUGACCCUUUGGGAGGAUGUCGUGUCACACCAUAUGGUUAUUCUGUUCUGUUGGAGAAGUUGAUGAAUUUUGCUGAAGGUAGGAUUGUACUGAUUUUAGAAGGAGGAUAUAAUCUUGAUUCCAUUGCAAAAUCAAUGCGUGCUUGCUUGGAAGUUUUGCUUGAAGGCAAGCCUGUCACUGGAUCCUUGGAGGAGGCCUACCCAUUUGAGUCUACAUGGAAUGUGAUUCAAGCGGUUCGCGAGAACUUAAGUCCCUUUUGGCCUUCACUUGCAUCUGAACUACCACAAGAAUUAAUCUCAAAAGUGGGACCGCAUCUGCAUACUCUAAUUUCGAGUUCUGAGGAUGAGGAUGAUAAAGGUGCACCGAGCACUGAAAAUCUUGAAGAACUUCUUGAGGAUGUCAUAAAACCACUUUCCGAACUGAAAGUUGAUGCUGAUGAAGAGAUUGAUGUUUCUAGUACUUGGCGAUCUGAAUUGUCAAAUGUUUAUAUAUGGUAUGCCUCAUAUGGAUCAAAUAUGUGGAAAGCUAGAUUUAAUUGUUACCUAGCAGGUGGACAGGUGGAUGGUAUGGUGAAGCAUUGUUCUGGUUCAGCAAACAGAACUCUGCCAAAGGAGAUCCUCUGGAAGAAUUUCCCUUGUCAUAUAUUCUUUGGUCGUGAUUCAUCAGAUUCAUGGGGACAGGGAGGCGUUGCAUUUCUUAAUCCUGAGAAAAAGCUUACAGACAAGACCUACAUGUGCAUGUACAAAAUUUCGCUAGAGCAGUUCAAUGAUAUUUUAUUUCAAGAAAAUGCUUUAAGCCUUGAUGCGGACUCUCCUUUAUUUGAUAUAAAUACCUUGAAUGCUAUCUCUGACAAGGAGUUCAACUCUCUUGAGGUUGUUAAGGGUGCUUGGUAUGGUAAUAUUGUCUACUUGGGAAAGGAGCAGGAUGUUCCAGUAAUUACCAUGACGUGUUCGCUUCUUGAUAUUAAACGUUUCAAAUCUGGGAAGCUACCAUUACGUGCCCCUAAUGAAGCGUACGCCAACUCCUUAAUUAAAGGGUUGGUGGAGGGAGAAAAACUUUCGGAGGCGGAAGCCAUUGCUUACAUAGAUGGUGCUGUUAAAUCGUUGUGA